UGAUUGACCAGAAUCAAGAUGGCCGCUCCCAUGGAAUCAUCGAAUGAAUCACCUAACAGUAUGUCCCUCAAAAUGGACACGAAUUGCCAGUCUGAUCAAUCAAAAAACACAAAAAUUCAAAAAAUUGGUUUCCUGGCUGGAGUCAGUGGAAUGGCUAUAUUUGCCGGGUUUGGAAUGACUUUAGCCAAGGCCAAGAGAAGACAUCCUGGAUCAUUUUCCAAGGGACUGAUACCUGAUCCAUCUGUUGAGCUCCAUGAGAGUGGGGCAGCAUUAGGGAUGAGAGCCCUACGGUGGGGAACCCUCUGGGCCAUCGUUGGGGUUGGGUCUCUUACCUUCUUGGUUUGCAAAGCCUUGGGAGUUAAAAAUGUAGAAGAAUUCAAGGUGAAAUUCCAAUCAGUGGCCCCUGCUAUCAGACGAAACGAGACUGAACCAGAGGAGGUCAUCAUUGCAAGAUUCAAAGCAGAAAUCUUUAAGGAUGAGAGGACGAAAAAUGAUAUAGACUGAGACCUAUUCUUUUGGUAACUCAUAACUGCCUUAUGACAGGAGUUUAUACAACAUAUAAUGAAGAGACCUAUGCCUCGACUUUUGGCAAGUUUGUACCAGUCUGUGACCUGGAUUUGGUCCUUUGAUGGGCAUUGACUAGUCUCCUAGAAGAGUGCUAAUUACUGUAUAGACGGAUGUCAUUCAUUGAGACGAGAUUCUGGUGAAUGAUCUUUGUCUAUUUAAGAAAAUGAUCAAGGAGUCCAGUUAGGAAUAUCCAACAGACAACUAAAAAUGGAUGGGAUAGAGAGAAUAAAGAUGGAUGCAAUUUAUUUGACUAGUUAGUGAUUAUCAAUGACUUCAAUAAUCUGGUUAGAUAACAGAUGUAUACCAGUUUGGUAAGAAACACAUUUUCUGGCUGAGGUGGUAAAUUAGAGGAUUGGUAUGAACUAGUGCUUUGAAUAUUUGCUCUCUUUUUUUUCUUUACCAAGUAAUGACAAAAAUUGUGAGCAACUCUAUGAAUAAAAAUUAUCUGAGGUGGUGAGGUGCGGGUAGAGUUUCACAAAGUCCAAAGGUUGGCAGAUACAUAGUGGUGCUCAAAAUUAAGUGAACCCAAGGAGAUAUCUCCUUGGUGAAUCCCAACCACAUUGUAGUGUUGCUGUCUACAUUCAACACUCGGCAUGAAGGAGUACAUUUUGUGGCUGGGUCAACAAACUUUUGGGUACAACUGUUAAUCAUAGCAAAGAGUUUGUAAUGUACUGCUAAACACAGUAUUUUUAUGUUUUUAUUUUGGGGAAUUAUUUGAUUGGUUCAUGAUGCGUUUACACAGUAUACAACAAACCUGUGAUGGUAAUCAACGAUUUUAUGGGGUACGAUAUGGAAACCAGACAUUCUUGCAAACUAGGGCAGUGAUUCAUAAAACUGUUCGUAAUUAAUGCAUGAUUUUACCAAUGACUAGUUACCUGUUCUUGUCCAUUCUCUGGUGCUUCAACAAAGGAUGUUUAUUAUCAUAAUCCAAAUCGAUAUAAACUUUGAAUUCAUAAAAUAAAUCACAAAUCAUUGACUGAUAAAUCCAAUUUUUGUAGUGCAUCUGGUACAGGUUUGUGGACAAUAAUACAUGUAUCUCUGUGAUUUUAAGAUAUUUUGAAUUUGGGGAGUUGAUUUUAUUCUGACAUUGUAUUAUAGUAAAAAAGUCCAUGACAAAGGAGUGCCCUUUGAGCUAAGCUUCUCAUGUGAAAAAAUCAGGCUAAAAAAGAUAUUUGUACAUGUAUGUAGUGUAUGCAUAUUUUAUGAAUACAGUUCCCAAAUCAUGGUCUAUGUGUCUACA